AUGGCUUCAGCAGUUUCCGCAACCGGAAUCGGUUUGGAGGUCUUCACAAUUUUUUGUAGGAUGCUUGGUCAGGAAGUGCGAGGCUUCGGCCAACUUCUUCACGGCAUCGGGGACAUGGACUACGGUAGGCUUGAUUUGAAAACUUGGACCGAGAUCAGGACCAAGAUGCGACUCGACAAGCUCGUAUUCCGUCUCGAUUUGCUCGAUCACACUGAAAUAGAUGCUAGUAGUAACACCAGUUACAUCUUUGGGGCGUUCCUUGGUGGUGUGAUGCGAGAAAUUAUCUGCACUUCUCGAACGCUUGUCUUGCGGCGACGUGCAAUAAUCGCGGUAUCAGCCACAGGGCCAAGACGGCGCGGAGGACUGGGUGGUGGUGUAAGCAUUCGACUUGAUGGACUACUGAUCAAGAGAUCAACAGACGGACUGGGUGGGAGAACAACGAGAGCCGAUGACGAGGGCGCCGGGGUUGCUGUAGUUCUGGUUACAAUGGCUAACUCGAACGAGAACGGGAAAGGUCUUGAGGGGGCUGAACCGAACUCUCACGCAGCGGUGUGUGGUCGGUUAAAUCGAUUGCAUACGCAGAGCGGUAACCGAAUGGCAGAAGCUCAGAUGGGUAUGGCGCGUUCUUCUCAUGUGCAGGAAACAAACGCUCCAUCAUGCAAUCGGAGUCUAG